AGCCGUUCACAAGCAGAACUGCAAACGUUCCACACACGUGCAAAGUUAUCCCGCGUGCCUCUUCGCUGCCCGCACGUCUACUUGCCAUCGUCAACGCCGCCGCCGCCGUUUCACGAUCGCUCGCCGAGUUUCUUCACGUGCCGAAUGUUGAUGAAGUGCGAACCCGAGGACGUCGGAGCCAUGAAGAGAGACGGGGCAAAUCCGCUCUCGCAUCUGCUGCGAGCCGUAGACAACGAGCUGAGCGCCGGCAAGGAGAAGGGCGACCCGACCGAGAGACGUCUCCGCGUGAGCCUCGAGGACCAGGAGCUGUGGAGCAAGUUCGACGUGCUGACGAACGAGAUGAUCGUGACGAAGAACGGCAGACGCAUGUUCCCCGUCUUCCGAGCGUCUAUAUCUGGACUUGACCCGGAGGCGAUGUAUUCGAUCCUUGUUGAUUUCGUGCAGGUUGACAGUCACAGGUGGAAGUACGUAAACGGUGAGUGGGUGCCCGGGGGCAAACCCGAACCGCCCGCUCCCAACAGUGUCUAUAUUCAUCCGGAGUCUCCGAACUUUGGCGCCCACUGGAUGAAAGAUGCCGUCUCAUUCAGCAAAGUGAAGCUGACGAACAAGACCAACUGUGCCGGCAUGAUGGCGGAUGGUUUAUUCCUCCCGGUGGCGCCCUCUGUCCGCCUCCUGCACAUCACCCGUUGCAGACGAGCCACAACCCACUCGGUCUGUCCGUGAAUGCUUACUGCGACAGAAACCGCACGUACGGCAGUCAUCGAACGGGUCCAUACGCCCGCCCCCAGCGUAGCAACUCACCUGUCUACGGUAACUACACGCGUGACGUCACAGCCUCGGACAGCGCUCAGUCGAUGCCACAGCAGUGGACGGUGACGUCACAGACUCUCGUGCCGACCAUGCCUACGUCAUCGAUGAACAGCCCGGUCAAUCUCAACAGCUCGUGUCAAUACAUGUGGCCACUGACGUCGUCCUCGUCGAAUCAGUCCGCCUGCAGUUACUCUCAGUACGUGCAAAUACACAUAUAA